AUGGAAUGGCAACUAGGACAGAGUUCUAUCAAUCAGUUUCUCUUUGUGUAUUGUGUAUACGUUGUUUAUGCUUGUGAUGCGCAGACAAAUUGUAUCAAGAUCUUAACUUCGCUGAAGCAAACCGCUGAAUUUUUUAAUGCAUUGGGCGAGAUUUACAAAGCCUUCUCAGUCCAUGAAAGGCACCUGGCGUACAGGCUCCCUAGUAUUCAAGAGGCGGUCGGGCUGGUCAGCGACACUCUUCAGUUAUUGCACAGGAAUGAAACUUCUAUCCGAGGCGAGGUCGCCAAUUUACCAAAAACCCUCAAUGGCCCACACGUUAACAAUAUAAUAAUAAUAAUAAUAAUAAUACUGAUAAUAAUAAUAAUAAUAAUAAUAAUAAUAACAACUUUAUUUAAGGAGGGUAACACAUAACAGUAAUUCAACUGAUAAACUAGUGGCCCUCGAUCCUAAAAGUACCAUAAUCAGAGUGAAAAUAUAUAAAAUGUAUGUAAAAUGAAUUCGAGGAUUAUAAAACAGGUCCGUAAGAACGCAAGCUAAAAACUACAUAAAAUAAAAUAUGCCAUAUGGAUCGGGUUAAAAUACAAUAUGCCGCUUGGGUCGCCUCGGUUUCGCGAUUGAAACGAGGGCAGGCGAGAUUCAAUUUACUUUGCAUUCGGACUUAAAUGUUCUACUUCAUCGUAGCUCGUUAGAAAAUGUCUGUGAAACGCCUUUCUGAAAGAGGCAACUGUUGUCGCCUCUUUUUUUAGGUUAAUAGGUAGCUGGUUCCACAGCCUUGUCGCACAUACGCAAAAGGUCCUCCCUCCCUCGGUUUCGCGAUUGAAACGAGGGCAGGCGAGAUUAAAUUUACUAUAAUGACCAGUUCGUGAGUGUAGGUCUGCAUUAAAUUUAAGUAUAUCGUAGAUAUAUGAAAGAAAACUUUCUAGUAAACGCUUAAAAACUAAAACGCUCUUAUUUAACUUGACUUCGUCAUAAAAAGGAAGACACUCUAAUUUCUUAGAGUUUCACGUGGCAUCUAAGACUGUUGUGUCUGUUGAGUUGAGAUGCUUAGAAUACGCCUUGAAAACCUCCAGAAAGUCUCAGAAUUAUACGGAUAUGACUCUCUUAACCUGUUGAGUCGCAUGACACUAGACGUGGAGAAUAUUCACUCGGUUGUGCAUCACAGAGAUCCACUUUGCACAGAGUUGAACUACGCGACAAACUUUGGAAAUGCAGCCGAGGAAGGCUUGAAGAGGACAACCCAUUGGGCGACGUACUAUUUAUGGCAGCCAUACCAGUAA